AUGCCUGCCGUAUCCGUGCCGAACGGCAACGCUGCCGCCUCCGACGAGACUGUGGAUCUACCCUUGUUCGACAUCUCCCAAGAAACCCCGGAGCUUGGUAAAGCCAUCGUAGACGCGGCCGCAAAAUGGGGGUUCCUUUGGAUUGCGGGGUCUCCAAAGUCCCAGAAUGGCACUGAGACGACGUCGGCUCGAACAUACGACUAUGAUGAGUCAACGGUCGAUCACAUUUUCGACGUCUCCCGCCGCUUCUUCACGGAAGCACCCCUCGAAGAGAAGCAAGCGUGUGCCAUCAAACACAAUCGCGGCUAUGUCGGGAUGCAUGUCGAGAACCUCGACCCCGGUAAGCACGCACGGGGCGAUUUCAAACAAGCAUUCAACCUUCAGGGACCAAAUCUCACCACUGGCGAAUGGAACCAGCCAAUGCCCGCCACUUUCCAGAGAGAAGAUGCCGCACUUCGUGACUUUCAUACCAGGUGUCGCAAUAUGGCAACGCGGCUUCUCAGGCUCAUCGCUAUGGGCCUCGAAAUCUUAGAUGUCGACUGGAUAGCGCGGACGCAUGACAAUGCACCGAACACAUCUCGAUUGCUGUACUACCCUUCCCUCCCCCCAAAUACCGACUACAACCCUCAGGCCGAUAUUGGAGCCGGUGCACAUUCCGAUUACGGUAGCAUCACGCUAUUAUUCACCAGGCCUGGUCAACCUGGGCUUGAACUGCUGAAACCAAACGGAGAGUGGGCAGCGGUUCCUGUAUUUCCUCCCAACUACCAUUCCGCGACGUUUCCCCCGGUUGUCGUCAACAUUGGAGAUUUGUUGAGUUACUGGACCAACGGCCUACUAAAGUCGACCAUCCAUCGAGUUGUGCUUACUCCACCUACUAAGGGAACGGAUGCCGUCAAUGGAUCCGACACAAAUGGACACCAGAGUAACGGUGCAGGAACAGAUCGUUAUUCGAUCGCCAUCUUUGUGCAACCUCAUGAAGACACAAAGCUAACUCCUAUGCCUUCGCCACUAGUCGCUGACAGAGCAGAGAGCUUCCGCAAAGAGGUGAUUGGACACGGUGGCGGAGUUGUCGAUGCUGACGGCAUGAAAACACUGACCUCAGGCGACUACUUGAGUGCCAGAUUACAAGCGACUUAUGGAAAUGUAUACCAAAGGGAACAAAAGUAG